AGUAAAAAACCUACCGAUCACCAGACCGUCAUUCUGCCAUCAGUUGCUUACUAAUCGUGUACUAUGCCAGAUCAUGCUGGUUUGUUUUGGUCUCCUGCCAUCCUCGUGCGUCGCGCGCACGGCCUUCCUCUACCUUUUUUUUCUUCUUUUUUUUUUCUUUUCCUGGAAAUGUGAAACCCGGCCGGCCUUCGCAGCCCCUUCGUUUCCACACCACUUUACUCCUUAACCCUAAGUCGCGCCAGCCAUGGCAAUCAGCUAACUAGAGUGUCCGUUCAAAGCAAAACCACACGGUACUAAUAGUAAUCAACCGCACGCCCCCCGCGCGCGCCCACACAGUCCACUUACGUGAUAUACACAGCAGCAGCAGCUAGACGGCCAUCUGAUCAACCUUCUCGAGCUCUUCUCACAUCUCCCGCUCAUUUACCACAAGCUAGCCAAGAGGGUUCGCUCGCUAUAUUAGCUAUAUCCGGCCGCCGACAUUAUACUGACGAUGGCCCACGCCGCCGCGGCAGCGCUCGCCCUUCUCGUCUUCUUCUGCGCGCAAGCGCGGGACGCGGCCGUCCAUGUCGUCGACGCGGCGGCGACGCUGUCGCAGGGGCAGUCGCUGGGCGCCACCGACAAGCUGGUGUCGGCCGGCGGCACCUUCGAGCUGGCCUUCUUCACGCCGACGGGGGGCGACCCGUCGCGGCGGUACCUGGGCGUCAUGUACGCGCAGUCCACCGAGCAGACCGUGCCGUGGGUGGCCAACCGCGACGUGCCCGUGAGCGCGGGCUCCGCGUACUCGGCGACCGUCACGGCCGCCGGGGAGCUGCAGGUACUGGAGGGCGACCGCGUGGUCUGGCGCACCGACAACUCCGCGACGACGACGUCGCCGGGAACAGCGGGAGGCGAACAAGCAGCGAACGUGACGCUCACCGUGCUCGACACCGGGAACCUCCAGCUGGCCGCGGGCGACGGGGGCCCCGUCAUCUGGCAGAGCUUCGACCACCCCGCGGACACCUUCCUCCCCGGGAUGAGCAUCACCCUGGACCGGCGCGGCGGCGGGGCCGUCCGCCGGACGCUGUUCACGUCGUGGCGGAGCCCCGCGGACCCCGGCACCGGGGACUUCACGCUGGGGCAGGACCCGCUCGGCUCCGCGCAGCUCUACAUCUGGCAGACGACCGGCGGCCAGAACACCACCUACUGGCGGUCCGGGCAGUGGGCCAACACCAACUUCGUCGGCGUGCCCUGGCGCUCGCUCUACGUGUACGGCUUCAAGCUCAACGGCGACCCCAACAACGGCUCCGGGGUCAUGUCCUACGUCUUCAACACGUACAACAGCUCCGAGUACCGGUUCAUGCUCCACUCCAACGGCACCGAGACGUGCUACAUGCUCCUCGCCACCGGCGACUGGGAGACCGUCUGGUCGCAGCCGACCAUCCCGUGCCAGGCCUACAACAUGUGCGGCGCCAACGCCCAGUGCGCCGCCGCCGCCGACGGCGGCCAGGCAGUCUGCACCUGCCUGACAGGUUUCGAGCCGAGGAACGUAUCGGAGUACAGCAACGGGAACUGGACGCAGGGGUGCGUCAGGAGCUCCCCGCUGCCCUGCGGCGGCGAGCCGAACGUGAGCGGCGCUGGCGCCGGCGCCGGCGUAGGCGUUGGCUUCGCCGACCUCCCGGGCGUGAAGCUGCCCAACUUCGCGGCCUGGGGAUCCACUGUGGGCGACGCGGCCGCGUGCGAGCAGUCGUGCCUGGGCAACUGCUCGUGCGGCGCGUACAGCUACAGCACUGGCACCGGCUGCCUCACCUGGGGCCAGGACCUGCUGGACAUCUACCGCUUCCCGGAUGGAGAAGGAUACGAUCUGCAGAUCAAGGUCCCCGCGUACUUACUUGAGACGGGCUCCAAAAGGAGGCGAUGGACGACAGUUGUCGUCGCCGUAGUCGUCGCCGUGGCUGUAUUGGCAGGAUGCGGCCUUCUCCUGUGGAAAUGCAGGAGAAGGAUCAAAGAGAAACUUGGCAUCGUUGUUGGCAGUGAGGAGACGAAGGCGACGCAGCCGUCUCUGCUUCCUUUGAGGGAAGCAAGGCAGGAUUUCUCAGGGCCGAAGCAGACUGAUCAAGAGGAAGCAGAGGGCGGCAAGAAGUUCGAGCUGCCUAUCUUCUCCUUGGAGACGGUAGCGGCGGCCACCGGCGACUUCAGUGCCGACAACAAGCUUGGGGAGGGAGGCUUUGGCCAUGUCUACAAGGGAAGACUUCCCGGGGCCGAAGAGGUUGCGGUGAAGAGGCUGUCCCGGGGCUCAGUGCAGGGGAUGGAGGAGUUUAAGAACGAGGUCAUCCUGAUCGCCAAGCUGCAGCACCGCAACCUUGUCAAGUUGUUAGGCUGCUGCAUCCAGGGGGAGGAGAAGAUCUUGGUGUACGAGUACAUGCCCAACAAGAGCCUGGACGGCUUCCUUUUCGAUCCGGCGCGGCGAGGCCUGCUGGACUGGAAGACGAGGUUCCACAUCAUCGAGGGCAUCGCCCGAGGGCUCCUGUACCUCCACAGGGACUCGCGUCUCCGCGUGGUGCACCGCGACCUCAAGGCCAGCAACAUCCUGCUAGACCACGACAUGAUCCCCAAGAUCUCCGACUUCGGCAUGGCGCGCAUCUUCGGCGGCGACCAGAACCAGGUGAACACGAACCGCGUCGUGGGCACGCUGGGGUACAUGUCACCCGAGUACGCCAUGGAGGGCCUCUUCUCCGUGCGCUCCGACGUGUACAGCUUCGGCAUCCUCAUCCUGGAGAUCGUCUCCGGGCAGAAGAACAGCAGCUUCCACCACAUGGAGGGCUCCCUCAACAUCGUCGGCUACGCGUGGCAGCUGUGGAACGCCGACAGGGGGGAGCGCCUGAUCGACCCGGCCAUCCUGCCGGCGUGCUCCGUGCGGGAGGCGCUGCGCUGCGUGCACAUGGCGCUGCUGUGCGUGCAGGACCACGCGUGCGACCGCCCGGACAUCCCCUACGUCGUCAUGGCGCUCGGCAGCGACAGCUCCGUGCUGCCGAUGCCCAAGCCGCCCACGUUCACGCUGCAGUGCACGUCGUCGUCGGACAGGGACGGGAUCUUCCCGGACAAGGUCGACGAGUCCUACUCCGCCUGCGAUCUCACCGUUACCAUGCUGCAUGGGAGGUAGUAGCUAGGCUAGCAGGAAUAGGAUGCAGGGAAUUGCAUUAGACGAAGCUGUACAUUAGACCUGAAAGUUUGGGCCGGGCUGUUUUAAGCCGCUCAUAACAGCACGACACGAAUAUAAGGCUAGGCUAGGCUUUAAUUUUCAGCCUAUCGUGCUGCCCGGCCCGGCACGAGUAAUUGGGCCGUGCUCGGGCCGGCUGGAAAGGCCUGUAAAAGAGCGAUCGUGCGAUGUUUCUAUAUAACCAUUCUAUGUAAAGGAGGAGAGCAGAAUUAGUGCUUUCUCUUAUAUAGGCGCAUGAGGAGCUUAGUUCAUUGAACUAUUCUCUCUAAUGUACGUUGAUGUAUCAAAUCGUUAAUAAUUAUAGAUAAUGACAGGUAGUUACUAGUAGCAUCUUAGUUAUCA